CCGUUCCCAUGCCUGAGUCUCGAGGCCUUUGACAUUCCCGGUUUCCAUUUCGUCUCUCUUUCCUCUGUUCUGGGCCCGAACCAGCGGAGAAAGGGAAGGAAGAGGGAAAAAUUAUUACUAGCAAAGAACGAUCCGGACUCAACCUUGCUUCGUCCCUUUUCUCUUUUCUAGGGUUGCCUGGUUAACUCGAGUGUUUUAGACGGAGCGAACAUGUCGGAGAAGAUGGAGGAUGCAGAGUUCUGGCUUCCGUCGGAGUUUUUGGAUGAGGACUUCUUCCUUGAAGAGAGGCGGGCGUUGGUGGGAAGUGACAACAAAGGUUCUUAUGUUGGGGAUUCUAUUGAGUCCGAGAGCGAAGAGGAGGACUACAUCGCGGGUUUAACUCGGCAGAUGGCGCACUCCUUUCUGGAUGACGAGAAAUUAAGCACUGCUUUGAACGCCAAGAUCAUGGCCACCUCUCCGCAGUCGACCCUUUGUGACACUGGAAUCUGGACGGCUUCGAAUGAGGGUAGCCCGAAUGGGCCAUCACAAGUUUCUUCACCUCCUUCAACUCCGUUUGAGCAGAGGAAAGAUGAUGCGUGGGACAUUCUUUAUGCAGCAGCAGGGCAGGUUGGAAGAAUGAGGCAGAACGAGCAAAGGAUUAGUGGACGGGGGCUUCUCAUCCCGCCUAAAAAACCCUCACCACGUGUAGAAUCUCAAGCAAACCUUUAUAGAUCAUAUAACCCAAUCUUCACUCAGCAGCAACUCCAGGCAGCCCAGCAGUUCUUUCAGCUGAAACAACAACAAUUGAUCAAGCAGCAAGUCACUGCUGCUUGGAGCCGGCAGAACAGAGCAACGAGAAAUAACCGACAACCUAACUUGGUGACUUCUGCUUGGCCACCUCUUCAGCGGCAGCAGCCGGGUUCUGGAAUGAGAGCUGUUUUCCUCAACAGUUCAGGAACGCGUCGGGAAUCCACAGGCACGGGAGUAUUCCUUCCUCGUCGAGCCGGCAACCACAAUGAAAGUCGAAAGAAGCCAUCUUGUUCAACAGUUCUUCUCCCCGCGAAGGUAGUUCAGGCUCUAAGUCUAAACCUUGAAGACAGCGCAGUAAAUCAUCGCUACCCAGGAUGCUUCCCUUGCGACCAUGAAAUGGCUUCUACUCGCGGCAACGGUUCGAUUCUUCUUCAGAAACCACACUACCACCAUCAGCCUCCCGCUUUGUCCGGCCACGAAAUCCAACUUCCGCAGGAAUGGACUUACUGACCCCCCACUAAUCAGUCAAUACUCAGUUAGGCUUAGCAGUUUGAAGAAGCAAUGUUUCCAAGUAAAAAAAAAAAAAUCAAUUUAACAGAUUAGUAUUAGGUAACUAUUAUGUAUUUUUGGAUUGGUGGUUUGUUUGAAGUUAGAUCUGGAAGACGAUAAUAGUCUUUACCUCGCCGGCUCGCCUGCAUCUGUGAAGCCGAUUGGAGGAGAAAACAAUAAAAUCACUUAGAUCCGGUGACUGAGAGAAGCAAGUGUUCAUGGGCAUUUCUUGUAAUAAAGUUUAGUUUAUCUUUGCCCUCAUUUCAACUUUUUUUUUUUUUUUGCAGCAUUGCAUAUUUUGGUCCCUCCUGCAAAAAAAAAAAAGAAAUUAUCUCAGGCACCACUUUUAGCUUAGCCGAUAAGGAAUAAAAAGUAUGUUUCUUUUAGA